GAGAGUCGGAGCGCACACUGGUGGCAAUACAGCGCCGUCUCACCGCAGAAACCGAUCGUGAUCGGGUGCGUGUGUGUGUGUGUGUGUGUGCGUGUGUGUGCGUGCAACCGGAAGCGCCACCGUUGUGACAGGAGGUCAGCUGAAAAGUCGGGUGCCAGUAACCCGUCGUCAUGCAGGCCCGCUGGCUGACGGCGCUGGCGGCGCUGGCGGCGACGGCUGCGCUGGCGGCGGCCAAGUGGGAGCCGCCGCCGCCUCGCUUCACCUGUCCGGUCCGCGCCAUCGUGCACUUCCCGUGCGUCUGCACGGCUGGCGGCGACGUGGGCAUCCACAUGCGCUGCGACAACACCAACCUGGCGCAGCUCGGCGUGGCGCUGCGCAACGUGCGUGUGCCGAUCGACUCCCUGACGCUGUCCAAGUGCACCAUAUCGCGGCUUCACGGCGGCCUCUUCCACUCGGUGUCCGCGCGCACGCUGCGGAUCGAGGACACCCCGAUCCGCAGCAUCGGGCCCGACACGUUCGCCGGCAUCAACAGCACCCUGCUCAACAUCACCCUCUCCAACACACGGCUGGCCGAGGUGCCCGUGGAGGCGUUCGCCCUGCUCACCAACACAUCCGUGCUGGAAAUUAUUGGCUCCGACAUCUCCUUCAUCCCCGAGGCGGCGUUCGGCGACAUGGGCAAGCUGACGGACCUCGUCAUUCAGAAGGCGAACAUCAGCUCGUUUCAUCCGAAGGCGUUCGUGGGACUCAGGAGCCUGAAGAAGUUGUCGCUGGCUUACAACAACCUGACUUCGUUGCCAACAAAGGCCCUGAAGUUCAACACGAGACUGAACAACUUGGACCUGGCGCACAACAACUUCGAGGAGCUUAAGUCACACUUUUUCAAAGAUUCCAAGCAGCUCGUUUGGUGCAACAUGUCACACAACGCGAUCAACAGUCUGGGGCGGGGCACAUUUAGCAGGAACGGCCAGCUGGGUUACCUAGACAUGGGCCACAACAAAAUGACGAGCAUUGGAGCUAACGAGUUUCGAUCGAUGCGUCUCAUGCGGCGACUAUUCUUCAACGACAACAACAUCACCCGGGUGGGGAGAGGCGCUUUCAGGGCCAUUCGGAGGGUGGGUACUUUGGACUUCGCUCGGAACCAGCUGAAAGUGAUCGACUACCAAAUGUUUUACGAGCUGGAGUAUCUCGAGGUGGUCAAUAUGCAAGAGAACCAAAUCACCGAAGUCCAGGAGAAGUCGUUCAAGGACUUGUACUUGACGUCUAUAAAUAUCAGUCACAACCAGAUCACGGAGAUAAGCGAAAACGCCUUCAUCAACUGCAACAACAUGACGUUCCUCGAUUUGAGUUAUAACAACCUUACCGGGCUCCGUGACGAUACAUUCGACGAUACCUCGGACCUGACCGAGCUCCGGCUUCAAUACAACUUCCUGACGAACAUGUCGCAAAUACCGUUUGAAAAGUUCUCCCUUAUUCGAAUUCUGAACGUGUCGCACAACAUGAUUCAGGAGAUACCAAGACGGACGUUCCCGGACCUGUACGAACUUCAUACGAUAGACGCCAGCCAUAACCAAAUCAGUAAGAUCGCCAGCACCGUUUUCACCACGCUUUUCUCGUUACGGCACCUGGAUCUCAGUCACAACCUGAUGGAGGAGAUGAAGGGCUCCACACUGGGCACGCUGCCCUCCCUCCUGGACGUCGACGUCAGCCACAACCGGUUGCAGAAGGUGAGCGCCGCGACCUUCCGCGAGCUGAGCUCGCUCCGGGAGCUGCACAUCGAGCACAACCUGCUCGACAAGGCUGUCAGGAUCCCGCAGUCGCUCUCGAAGCUCUUCAUGUCCAACAACCUGAUCGCCAGCAUCCGGCCGGGCCGCAUUUGGCCCACGAUGAACUCGCUGAUAGAGCUGGAUCUCGACAACAACCUGCUGGCCGACAACCUCGAGUCGCGCUCGUUCGAGUCGCUGCGCACCGUGCGCUACCUGCACCUGCGCAACAACUCGAUCACGCUGCCGCCCUGGCAGGCGCUCGCCGACCUGACAACGCUGCAGCAUCUCUACUUGGACGACAACAACAUCACCACUAUCGGCCGAGGCGCCUUCGGAAAGAUACUCGUGUUGUUCGAGCUGACGAUGCGGCGGAACGGCAUCACGAACGUGGCGCAGCGGGCGUUCGAGCAGAACCAGCAGCUCAUCAACCUGACGCUGGCCGAGAACAACAUCGACUUCAUCCCGAACGAGGCAUUCAAAGGUCUUGUUGCGCUCAACAAACUCGACCUGUCCCAUAACAAUCUGGUCCAGAUGAACAACAAAACGCAUGGCCUUUUCGAUGACUGUCUUUCUCUCAGAAAGCUGAACCUGUCCUACAACAAGAUCUCGCAGAUCCACAAGAAGACGUUUCCGUACAGCAAGUGGGUGCCGUAUCGUCUGGAGGAGUUGGACCUCUCUUCCAACAGGAUGGCCGUCAUCGGCCGUGACUUCACCACAGGCCUGAAGGACUUGAAGAAGCUCAGUUUGGCCAACAACUCACUCAUCGAGACCAGACAGUAUGUUAUGGGUAACCUGACAAAGCUGCAGGAACUGGACCUGUCCCACAACCAACUGACUCACUUCCCUGAGAACUCCAUCGGACCAAAUCCAGUCCAUGCUGAAGCUGAAGCUGAGCCACAACUUCUUGCUCAUGCUGCCGAUGGAGGCGCUGUCCACAAUGAAGAACCUCACGCUGCUCGACGUCUCACACAAUCGGAUCCGUCGCUUCUACGACCAGCUCAUGCCAUGGAUCGAGAAUGGCACGCGCGUACUAUACCACGGUACGCUGCGCUGACCAAAAAAACAGAUGAUCGAAACCAGAUGCGCUGCGACUGCAGCCUGCGCCCGCUGCGCUACUGGAUGGAUGACCGCAUCUUCGACCCGAGCUCGCCGUGGCACCACGUGACCUGCGACUCACCCGAGGACGUGCGCGGCCAGACGGUGACGGCGCUCGACGUCAAAACGCUCACCUGCAUCGGACCGGAGCAGGGUGGCCAGCGCUAUCGCCAGAAGCCCGACAUCAUCUUCCGCAGGGUCGACAGCCGCGAGGACGGCUCGCUCGACCUCUCCUGGUACGUCAACACACGCGAGGACAUCGGCGACUUCGUGGUGCUGGCACGCGCGCUCAACGAAACGCGGCCCAGCUUCACGGAAGCCGUGACGUACAUGGAUCGGCGUGCGCACGUGGCGCGGCUCGGCGCCGGCCAGCGACACCUGGUGUGCGUGCGCGCGCUCACCUCCAGUGGCGGCCUGCGGCCCUACGUGGACGGCCAGUGCCGCACCGUGUCGCCGGCGCCGGCGCUCCGCGCCACGUUCGCACUCGUGGCGGCAGCGCUGGUGGGGUGGAGGGCGCUGCUCUAGCCAGCUGGACGACCCAUGCAGCACCAGCGUCCCCGGCAGCGCAGCGGCCAGGCCUGGGGCUGCUUGCGCGGCACGCUCGGAUCGAGAAGCUUCGCGUGCCGUGAGUGGAGGGGUCUGCGCAGCGGCAGGUCCUGACAUCUCCCAGAGAGUGCUAGUCGUGGCACAAGACGCGCCCUGAGGUCCGGGGUGCGCCACGCAAUGGCUCCUACACUGUUCGAGCCUAAUAUCACGAGACAGACGACAGACGCAUUGAGCACGCCUGACCGGACGACCGAGCCGAGGCGCAGUUGGCCAAGGCUCGGUUUCGGCGGGGCCAGACUGGGCUCCCGCCUUCGGUCCACGUCCGAUCUGAGGCCGUGGGACGCCGACCACGCGGACCGGGGUGCCAGUCAUGCGGCGGUGGCCGAAGUGUCGGCGGCCACGGCUGGCAGCCGCGAGGUGGGGAAGCGUGGCGUCUAGUCAUGAUUGGCGAUAGAGUCCUAGCACAGCGACAGCAAUGCUUCGAUACCGAAUGCUCUUAGCGAGCUCCCCACUGCACACCAUCUGGCACUUGACGGUAAACAGUGAGCGACAUGUCAGUAGAAUAUUUAGUAGUGCUAUUGGACCAGGUUGUUUACAUGACUGCAGUACCACGCAGCUCAUUCGUUGAAGACCGCUGCGCAUGGCUGUCAGCCUAGCUGCCGUGUUACAAGAGCAGAUGCUCAAGUGCAAUUCGUAACGAAAAUGUAAAUAUAUGUUACAAAUGCAUAAACGUGUG